AUAGGAGUGAGGAAAGUCUUCUCACUUGAGUUAUUUCCGUGUGUUACAUAAAAAUACGUGACAAGGAGUUUUUCACCUUUCGUGACCCUUCGUAGUGUUUCGUGGUCAAAAAAUGACACGGAUUUAAUGUAAGAAUUUUGAGUUUGAAACUUUAAACUCUCCGUCGAUUGCGGAAAUAUCCGAGAGAGCAUAUUUUUCAAGAAUACUUUUCUGUUAUCAGUGAUAAAUUUUAAUGGUAAGCAAAUGUUCAACAUAUUUAUUUGAUCUGCCGCCAGGAAACAUAUCACUUUGCAAACCAUCAAGUGAGUGUGAGCUUCUGUAAAGAGCUGUUAUUUUGGUAAUGAGAGCCAAUUAGCGGAAUAGCCGGUGACGACCUACAAAUAUUUACCGAUUACCCCGUGUGGUAAAUAACAAAACCAUUAGGGCAUAAACUGUCAGCAUAACGUCGGAAGCGGAACACGUAUACAGAGAUACCAUGUACAAUGGCUGCCUUUAACAUCUUUUUGGCUCUUUGUUUUCUACCGUUAACAUCCUCUUACGAUGUACACUAUGGCCAUUCAUUCAAUACACGCAAGCAAACGCAUUAUCCCUUGAGAGAAAGAUUUCCUUGGCAUGUGUUCGUGAGGUCUGUGAAGUGUAGCGGAGUUUUAAUUCAGGAGCAAUGGAUUUUAUCAUCAGCCUUGUGUACUAAACUCGUGAAAGGGAAAUUGAAUUCAAAACACAAUGUGGAUAGCGAUCACUCGACAGUGUUCAUCAGAGUUGGCAAUCAUCAUGUCGAUCUUCAAGCACGAGGCGAAGACACAGCACCGGUACUGAGAGCGCUUGUAUAUCCUAAGUAUAAUGCUUCAGCUUCAACUGGUAACUUCGGUCUACUGUAUCUUGCACGCAAAGUUAUGCUGCCUGAUGAUCUUCCCGUAUCACACGCGAAACUGCCAGAUUUUGAGACCAACAACGUCUCGCGCCGUCUACUCGGAAAGAUUACGGGCUGGGGUCACUUAUCUGGGCGAAGUUCCCAGUUUAAAACGCUCGUUCAAAGUGAUGUUUUGUUAACUCCUGGCCGGGAUUGUCAUCGGAGUUUCAGAGACAGGAGCAAGGGAAAAAUGUUAGAUAAAUCGUGGUGUGCUGUAGCUGGAACUAAAGGAAUGUGUUCAACUGAUCAAGGAAGCCCGGUUGUUAUCAAGCAGGACGGUCAUUGGGCUGUAGUUGGUGUUUACACGUACGGACCGACUUGCUCUUCCACUACAAGGGACGUCGCGUUAUUUUCAAGAAUUGACCAUGAAGUGCUUCAAUGGAUUGAAAAACUCUUCACAGUUGGAGACAAACCACAGUGUCACCCAUCAGGUCACAAAAUUCUCGACAUUCCUGCACGUGCACAGUCCAAUCAAGUGGACUCAGUGCUCCCCCUGUGUGAUAACAAGUUAGAGGAGGCUUGGUACAAGUUGGAGCUUGAUGGGAUUCCCGCCGAAAUUCCUACGAGCUGCCCUGAGAUUGGUUCGUGUGGUACGCAUGCUCAGAUUUGGUUGCAACCCGCGGGACAUCCCGAGUUUGGAGAGGAGAAGAAUGGCAGCGCAUGCGUAGCAUGGGAGGGAGUGGACAGGUUUUGUUGCUUGUGGCGGUUACCUGUUCGCGUGAUUCACUGUGGUGGCUUCUUAGUUUAUCAUUUAAAGAGGACGGACGAUUGCUCGGCUUACUGCGCUAAAGAAGCCGACAAAGUUCCUUGUGGACCCGGUAAGAUAGGAUAUGCACCAAAAUGUAGAGUUCGCGAACAAUAUCCCAUUUUGGAUGGUCCCCCACAGAUCACACCAGUAGUCCCCCCGGAUAACAUCCUGGCAGGUGAAUCAAUCCAUCUUCUGUGUACGUACGACAUCUUGGCUCCAGGACCCUAUCGAGUUGGGUACAAAGUCACAUGGUAUAAACUCAUAAGCUUCUUGGGUGGAAAGCCUGGGAAAUUGGUACUGCUAUCCAACAGGACAGAAGAGACCGCGGUGGUAAUUAGCACCAAGUCAGCUGAGUUUUACCUCGGCGACAGAAUCAUUUGUGAAGUGAUGGCGUUUUUCUUAGAGAGUCCAGAACGAACAAGUCCUACUUUCUCCAGCGAUGAUUUCUUCGUUGGAAUUAAGGUUGAACCUUCGUCUCUUGUUACCUCGGAGGACCAUAAAAUCAGGGAAUUCGUUUUGAGACUAACAGUGCCCCUUAUCUGUCAGCCGGACCACCCCAACUGCACGAUACGGAUAUCAAUGCACUUAGUACCAGUAGUAGACCAUCUACAGACGUUAUUUACUUCAGAUAUAGCCCUAUCCACUUGUGAAGUGAUACUGAAACCGCAACCCUGCUCUCGCCGUGACUGUGGGCGCAAGGUUGUUCGGUUUGUUGCUGUUUCAGACUACGUUAAUGACGGAGACCGCAGGACACGUAUUAUAACGGAGCCUGCACGGAGCCAGUCGCUGCUGUGGAAAUCUUACGAUCCAGCUGAUGUUUUUGUUCUUUCGAAGGAUGUGAAAACCCCACGAUGUUACCUAUUCACGGAGUCUCAUGUGAGGACACUCACCGGCAGGUAUUACCGGAUUUCAGCCGGAGCGACGACAUUUCUGCUGUAUAAAAGUUCAACUAGGCCGUUUGAGGUUCACACGCGAUUUUGGGCUUGUAGCAGGUCUAGAAACCGGGGAUUUUGCGCAUGUGGAGUCGCUGCAAGAGAUGGGGAUGACGUAAUCGAGAUCGAUAUGUGCCAUGGAAGAUUUAAGGAGACCAGUGUCCAAAUAUCUAUUAGGUCCAGGUUACCUCUUGCAAAAGGAGUACGGAUAACAGAGGCUAUAACUGGAAAACGGUACACGGCGUAUUUUCCUUCAGGAGUUUAUGUUCGGGUGGACGUGUUUAAUUGGGGAUUGAAUUUACAAAUACAAUCAUCUGGACGAGAUCUGAAUCAAGUGACAGGUUUAUGUAGCCUUGGUGAGGUCGGCAGUUCUCUUCAAACAGCAAACGAAGGUUUACCACCUGAGUUGAAUGACACACAACAGUGGAGGAUACUUGACGACCAUAGUUUAUUUAAUUAUAAACCAGUACAUUACCAACUCCACCAGACAGAAAAGCCCUUCUGUUUGUGCACCUUAAACAGCAAUAUUGAAAAGAAAAAAAAAUGUGCUUCCUGUGAGGCUAAAUGUAGAAAACACCAGCAUGUGAUAUGGCCAGUACUUUUCCGUGAAAGAGACAUCACCAAACGAGUUCUCGCGCUACAAACUGGCCGCGUUCUUGAGCGUAGAAGCAACCAGUCAAAGGGCGAUCACUAUCUUCGAUACCAUCUGACAAACCAGUUGAACUUGUCAGAUGAAGGAAAACCUGACACCUUUUUAGCUGUCUUGGCUGUGGUUAGCUACUGCAAGAGGCUGCUGACUGACACCCCGCUGGGAAAAGCUUGUAUUCAUUUAGUUGGUCAGCGAAUUGUCGAUCAACUACAGAGGAUUUGCAUAAGAGACACUAGGUUCACAGGUGUGACAGGAAUGGCCUGGGGAGUAGCUUCAAUGUUACAAGACACGUGUGAAGAAACACUUCUUAAAGACACCUCUCUGUGGGAGAGUUCUUUCUUAGCUGAAGGGCUGACACCCCCCAAAAGGAUAAAAAACGUCAUGUGCCCGCGACUGUGUAGUGAUCGAGGAAGGUGUAUCAAUGGAGCUUGUAAAUGUCGGCGAGGUUACACAAGUGAUGAUUGCUCUGUUCCUUCCCGAAGUCCACCUCAACUCAUCGGUGUACACAAUGGUGGAACAUGUGAUAUAAAGGCGUUUCACUGCAAGCAAGUCAGGCUGGUUGGUGAAGGUUUUCACAACUCAAGAGAACUGAUGUGCUCCUUCCUAGAAGUCAAGGAUGCCGCAUUUGAAACUCAGACCUUCCUGUCCAAGGCCACAUAUGAGAGCUUCCGUGGUGUCACCUGCGAAAUGCCAAGGUCACAUGACACAGACAAGGCAUUUACAAGUUACCAAGUACGUGUGAGUAAUGAUGAUAGGUUAUGGAGCCAACCCGUUCCCCUCUUUAUCUUUGAUGGAGGUUGUCUUAAAUGUACCACUCGGAACAUGGGCUGUGAAAUUAAGAGUGAAACAUGCCAUAUUGAUGGACGUUGUUACACAAAAGGUGAAUCUAGUCCUUAUGAUCCUUGCAAGUGGUGUUCGCCGAUAAAUAGCCAGCAGGUAUGGACCGACAUAGCAUGUCAACAUGGCAAGUGCAAUGCCUCUUCUUGUGCGCAUGGAGUUUGCUUAGAUACAACCAUGGGGAGAUAUUUCUGUUUCUGCGAUGAGGGAUUUACUGGUGAAAAUUGUGAUAUUCCUGAAGAUCCUUGCAUUUUUAACCCUUGUGGAACUGGAAUCUGCGUUCAACUUGGAAGGUCGUUUCGAUGUCAAUGUCCUCCGGGAUACGCUGGUGUUCAAUGCUCCGUGCCAGUCAACCCUUGUUAUUCAAAUCCCUGCAACAACGGAAGUUGCAUCACUAAUGGCACACACUUUAGUUGCUUCUGUGACGAAGGUUUCACCGGACCAUAUUGUGCAACAAGUAUUCAGAGUUGCUUGUGCAGUCACGGAAAAUGCGUUACUCGAAGUGGUAACCAUGUUUGCAUGUGCGAGGAGGGAUUCACAGGAAAAUUAUGCGAGUUACCACAGCUAGGAGGCUGUGCUUUGAUGUCCUGUAAAAACGGUUCUUGUGUUGAUAAAGAAGGGCAAACCAAAUGUGUGUGCAACUCGGGAUACACUGGCUCUCUCUGUGAUAUUAAGAUAGGUUCCUGUUUUGAUCCACCAUCUCUCCAUGACGAUCAUAAUUCCACUUCAUGUUUGAACAAUUCGUGUGGAAAACGUUGCCACAUUAGUGAUCCAUGUGUUCCAAAUCUCUGCGUCAACGGGAAUUGCUCAAGAAAAUCAGAUGGGUAUCACUGUCUGUGUCACCAAGGUUACAAAGGAAGAUUCUGCAACGAGACCGCAGACCACUGCCUAAGCAAUCCUUGCAACCAUGGACAGUGUGUCGAUGAUCAGGGCACAUAUUUAUGCAAGUGUCCACCAGGUUUCAGUGGCGACACUUGCAAUGCCUCUGUUGAUGUAUGCCAGCCUAAUCCUUGUCUUAACGGAAAUUGUAUCAUCGUGAAAGGUUCUUUUAAAUGCGACUGUCAUUAUGGCUUUGGCGGAACCCUCUGUGAUGAAAAGAUCGUCUUCGACCCAUGUGAUAAGAAUCCUUGCGAUAAUGGAAAAUGUGUUGGUGUCCAAGCGCUGAAAAGGAGUGUUCCGUCAUUUUAUUGCUUGUGUCGUGAAGGUUUUAUUGGGCAAUACUGUCAAUCAGUUAUCGAUCCGUGCACUACCAAUCCUUGCAGACACGGAUUAUGCAAAACAGCAAAUGAAAGUGGUUUUCGUUGUACAUGCUUUGAUGGAUAUCAAGGCGUUCUCUGUGAUACGAAGAUCAAUCACUGCCUUACUGGGCCAUGUGUAAAUGGUUCGUGUAUUUCCAGCAAUGCGUCUUUUGAGUGUUUGUGUCACCAGGGUUACAAAGGAAAGUUAUGUGAUCAAGCAGUAGAGAUGUGUCGGCCAAAUCCAUGUAAAAAUGGAAGUUGUCAUCAAAACGGGACAUCAUUCAAAUGUUCUUGUUUCGAAGGAUACACCGGAAACGUUUGUCAAACUAAGAUUACUAACUGUAGUUUGAAUCCGUGUAAGCACGGAAUUUGUGUCGACAGAGGGAAAACGUUUCAAUGUUAUUGUAAACGAAGCUAUUCUGGAAAGUUCUGUCACCAAAAGGUGAACCCAUGUAAGCCAAACCCUUGUAAACACGGAACGUGUUUGCAUAGAUACUCUUCGUGGUUUUCGUGUCGAUGCGAACUGGGCUACACAGGUAAAAAGUGCGAUAAGAAAAUCAACAUGUGUCAGUCACAGCCAUGUAAACAUGGCGCAUGCAUUAACUUGGGGAUGUCUUUUCGGUGCAGAUGCUAUCCUGGUUACCGUGGACGUCUCUGCGAUAAAAUUGAAACCUGCCAAUCUCGACCCUGUAAACGUGGUAAUUGUUUUCCUACAGGCAAUUCGUUCACUUGUGUGUGCCCAGAGAACUACACAGGUCGUUAUUGUGAGAAUAAGAUUGAUCCGUGUCAAUUAAGUCCUUGUAAACACGGCCGAUGUUCACUCGCGAACCAAUCCGUCAAAUGUACCUGUAACAAGGGAUACACUGGUGAACUUUGCCAAGUGAAGAUGAACCCUUGUUCCGAUAACAACUGUAAGCAUGGGAAGUGUAUAGCGCAUGGUGUUCAAUAUUCAUGUCAAUGCCUGCUGGGAUUUCGUGGGAAAUACUGCGAGACAGACAUCAACGAGUGCUUAGAGGCUCCCUGUUUUGCUGGUGUCCAGUGCACAAAUUAUCCCGGGAACUACAGUUGUGGCUCGUGCCCUGCUGGUUUCAAUGGCGAUGGUUUACGUUGUGAGAAGAUGACCCACCCUUGCAAAAAGCUAAACUGCUUUAGAGACGUACCGUGUGUCCAAAGAGGUCAGAGUUACGAAUGUGGAAAUUGCCCGCGUGGGUUUACAGGAAAUGGUGUUCUUUGUACUGAGAUAGAUGCCUGCUCAUCUAAUCCAUGCCAUCGCCUGGCUCAGUGCAUCCAGGAGAAGGGCUCCCCUAAGGGGUUUCGUUGUGGUCCUUGUCCUACAGGCUACAAGGGAAAUGGAAUCACGUGCACUUCUUUGUGCCCUGUUCCCUGCCCUUAUGGAAUGGAGUGCAUUGGACAUUUUGGUUGCAGGUGUCCGAGAGGUUACCAAGGCGUUGGCUGCCAAACACCAUUUUGUCGAGCUGGUUGUUAUAAUGGCGGUACCUGCAUUAUGCCAAACUUAUGCGUUUGCGCAGAGGGUUUUGAGGGACCCGCCUGCUUGUCGCCUGUAUGUCGGCCCCCUUGCAGGAAUGACGGAAAUUGUAUCGGCCCGGGAAAGUGCCGCUGUCCACAUGGAUUUACAGGCCCGCGAUGCGAGAAAAAAAGCUGCCUGGUUACGUGUUUGAACGGUGGACGGUGUCGUGGACCCUAUGUAUGCCAGUGCAUGCUGGGAUACUCGGGACAAAGAUGUGAAAUUGCCCCUUGUACUCCUAGUUGUCAAAAUGGGGGCUUGUGUGUUGCCCGUGAUGUCUGUAAAUGUCCAGCGGAAUAUAUGGGCGAACAAUGCCAAUACCCUCUGUGUAGACCUCCGUGUAUUAAUGGCGGAGACUGUGUUCGACCAAAUGUCUGCAUGUGUCCUGCUGCCUGGAAAGGAAAUCGCUGCCAGAUGCCAGUAUGCCAUCUCCCUUGUCUGAAUGGAGGAAAGUGUGCUCGUCCGAACCAUUGUACCUGUCCUUCUGGAUACACUGGCGUCCAGUGUGAAAAAGCUAUUUGUAAUCAGCCAUGUUUGAACGAGGGCCAGUGCGUUCGCCCAGGUGUCUGCGCAUGUAUUUUUGGAUUCACUGGUCGACAAUGUGAAGAGACAGACCCGUGGUAUAACAAAAGAAAACACGAGAGCUGACGAAACCUGUUUGCUCGGAGGCAAACCCAGGGGACAUAUAGCUACUUCUUAGCUUGGCUUAUUUUGUUCGAUGGUUUUGUUUUUUAAAGUUACUGAACACUUAUUUAACCAGACAUAGCACUUGCCGUUCGUUCAGUAUGUAUCCAUAGAAGUACCUCACCACUGGUCUGUAUUUAUAUCUGCCUUUAGAAUCAUUUGAAGGGUAGGUGUAAGUUACAAUUCACUGGACAGGAAUUUUGUAACCCGUGACCUCCAUUUAUGUGUCUCGGCGGCAUUCGAUUGGCCCGUUACAUUGAUGCAUAUAUAAACAAUAACCUUCAUUUGGUGCGGAAACGUUCUCGGAAUUCGUCCGUGGAACUCUCUGCGAAAAAUUUCGCGAGAACAAAGCUCGAAGAAAAUUGCGAGUUGCGAGGAAUAGAGUGUGUCCAAGGACAAAUGUUCUAGCAUAUUUUGAAGCCAAAUGGAGGCUAUUGUGUUUGUUUCCCUUUGAGUAUUUUUUCACAGCGCACGAAACUCUCCCUCAACCAUAAUUGACUUAAACAGGGAUCACCUUCAUCGCAAUUGAUUCAAUGCUCUAAU